UUCCUGGUUCCCUUUUUGCUUUCUUUCUCCCCUUGCAGAUCCACUGGUUUACAAACUGCAGUAAUAGCCUUUCCAAACCAAUAUUUCUUUCACAAAGCUGUUGAUUUUCUACCACUCCACUAGUGCUGGGACGCUGAUUACCCCCCUCCUUCCCUACCCUACCCAGCUCUAGAGGUGCAUGCAAACAAAAAGGGAAAGAAAAAAAAAAUAAAAAAAGAAAAAGAAGAAAACCUCAGCAAUAAGUUGGCUGAUUCUGGCAGCAAGACAAAUCUAGCACCACACAGCAGGCAGGAAGAGAGUGCACUGCUCAUCCUUUCGGUUUUGUCAGUGUAUGGGAAUGCUGGACAUCACCACACAGCGAGGGAUUCGGCCGAAAGCACUCCUCCUCAGCUUCUGAACCCUGCUGCUUUCACCCCCAUUUGGAAGAUACAGAUGUCAGAAGCAGAGACAGACAAGGCAAAAAUCAAACCAGCAGAAAGUUUUGAAAAUGACAAGCAAAAUAUUUCUUGGCUGAAGAAAGAACUGGACAAGCCCAUCCUACAGCCUCGUGGAGAUUCAGACAGCUGCACCAGCUCCCUGACUCUCCCAGCGCUCCCCAGGGCGACGCUGAGCAGCGAGAACUGCCCAGAUAACCAGCUUAUAAAUGAAAAGCAUACAGAUGAAAAGCCUGUGAAAAGCAUUGUUAUGAGUACUGUCACAGAAUUCAGCAUCACAGAUGCUUCAUCAAAGGAAACCAAAAAUGAGAAGAAAUUAUCCAACGCAAGCAGAUCAUCCAUUGCUUCCCUGGAGAAAUGCAGAGAGUUCACCUACAUUGAGGAUGAUGCAUCAGUACGUCAGAGAGACAGCAAUGAUACUACCAGACUUCCAACGAAGAGCACACCAACAACGACUGCAACUGUGACUGUGACAUUGAUUGCAGCCUUUUUGAGUCCUGCCAUGAGACUGGUGAAUGCCUGGAACUUGCCAUGGAGAUUUCUGAAGUUUGCUAUCGCUAAUAGGAAAAUAUUAGACACAAUUCCUGAAAACUGCCUGAAAGGGAAAUGGCAGAGUACAAAGGAGAUUUUUUUUUUUUUUUUUAAUAAUAACAAAAAUAACCAGAGUGUUUGCCAACCAGGACUAUGUGCAUCAUGCUGCUCCUACCCUGGAGGUCUGUAUAUCUGUACCAUACUGACUGUACGACAAUAAAGGGCAAAAAAGGGUCUCCUCCUUUGCCAUAGACAACAACUGAA